AUGACCAGUGAAGCUUCCCGGCGGAAGGCCGGGGGCGGCGGCUGCUCCUCCGGCAGCAGCUGCCGGGGCCCGGCCCGGGCAGAGCGGCGCUGCCGCAAGCAGCCAAGCGCCCGGCGAGCCGCCCCGGCGCCGAGGGGACGCACCGGCGCCGCUGAGCCGGGCGGCACCGACACGGGCGCGGGCACGGGCAGUCGCCGACGAGCCGGGCCCAGCAGCGGCGCGGCCGCCCGCCCGCUCCCCGCGACAGCCCGCAGCGUCCGGGAGGGGCUGCCGCCCCCGCUCAGCCGUGGCAGGGCCGGGCCACGGCCCCGCCCGCCGGCCCGCAGGCCCUCCCGGGCCGAGCCCCGCCGCAGCGCCGCGCACGGCACACGGCCCGGCCCGCCGCGCCCUCCGCCCAGCGGCGGCUCCCGCGCCGCGCUCGGUGCCGGGGGCGGCGACAGGCCGCGCCGGGGGAGGCCGGGCGCCCCGGGCCCGAGAGACCCGGGCGGGUGGCGCGGAGCGGCGGGGCCGGGCCGGCCGCGGCAGGCCCGCCCCGGGGAGCCGGGCCGCGCCUCGCUAUGGGGCCGCCACUGCCACCUACCCGGCGAUCCCCGACAGUCGCCCGACGAGCCGGGCCCAGCAGCGGCGCGGCCGGCCGCCCCCCCCCCUUCGCUUCGCUUCGCUUCGCUUCCCUGGUGCGGCGCCCCCCGCCCCCGCCCCGGACUCGGGCCCGAGCCCGGGCCCGGGUCCGGGCCCGGCGCACCGGGGACGCCCCGGCACCCCGCCGGCGGCAGCAGGGGGCGCCACGCCGGGCGCCGCCAUUUCCCUCCGCUCACCUGCGGCCUCCGAGCGCACCCUGCGCUGCCGGCGCGGCCGCCGGCCAAUCACGACCUGCUGACGGCCGCACCCAGCCAAUCGGCGGGGAGGGGGGCGGGCCGGGCGGGCCCCAGGCGGGCGCGGCGUAGCGGCCCCUGGCGGCGGCGGGGGCCGCUGCGGGGCCGGGCGUGCCGCGCGCACGUGGGGCGCGGGCCCAGCGCCGAGCACCGGCAGCGCCGCCGGAUCCCGCGUUACCACGGCAACCGCGCCGCGCGGGCCGCCCCCGCCCCGCGGGACCCCCGGCGGGAGGCGCGACUGUGCCGGGAAGUAGCUCCCGGCGCGCCGGAGAAGCCGGGCGGCGCGCCCCAGGCAGCGCCCGCUGCCCCUCCCGUCCCGCGGGGUCUGCGGCGGCGGAACGCGGCGCGCUCCCUGCCCCGCCGGUGCGGUCCCGCCGGGGCCGCGGGCACGGGCUGGGCGGGCGGACCGGCCUGUCCCGGCGUGCGGGGGCCGCGGAGGGAGCGCCCGGCGCCGGGCAGCGGCACGGAGCGCGGCGGGAGGGCCGGCGACGGCCGCCCGCGCCAUGCCGGGCCGCCGCGACCCGGCCGUCGGCCGCCGCGACCCAUCCCGGGCCGCAUCCCAGGCGCCGCUCCGGGGAGCCGCGUCCGCCGCUCCCGCGGUCCGCGCCCCGCCGCUCCCGGCUCCAGGUGCGCGGACUUUGCCCCGGCCGCACCCUCGCCGCCGCGGGCCGCGCUGUGCUGUGCCGUGCCGUGCCGUGCCGUGCCGUGGGGCCAGGGGCCCGGGGCCCGGGGCCCGGGCGCAGCCGCCCCUCCGGCGCUGUCCGGCGCGCGGUGCUGA